GCCAAAAGCCAAAGGACAAAAAUGUCCGGGUAAUGAAUCCCAAAGAGAAGCUUCCGAACCUUCUUCUGCACAUAUCAUAAUACAAUACAUGCACUCAUCCCGUGUGUGUAUGUAUAUACAUCUUCUCUACGCACUUCGCUUCUGCGCAUUUGAUCCUAUCGGAGUGAAAAGGAGGAACCAAGGCUAGGAAUAGAUUGAAAUAUCUGCCUGUUUAUGCGAUUCUAUUGAUGAUUUUGGUGUAAGAGAGGCCACGAACAAGUCGGAAGAGGUUCUGUAUGUUUCCGUCUGUCAGAAUUUAGCCGUGAAAUUAAAAUUUUAAUUCUAGGGUUCCUUUAUUUUUUCUUUUUUUUUUUAAAUCUUUUGAGCGGUGAAGCCCAAGUGCUUAUGAAAUUGAACGGGCCGAUUUCACAUUCAUACUUGGAUGAUGGAAAAGAAGAGGAAGAAACACAAGCGAAGGAAGUUUCAUCGGCGGCGGUGAGAGUUGUAGUGGGCUAUGCUCUUACUUCGAAGAAAAAGAAGAGCUUCUUGAAGCCGAAGUUUAUUCGCUUAGCUCGAAAUAAAGGAAUUGAAUUUGUUCCAAUUGAUCUGAAAAGGCCUUUAUCGGAGCAAGGUCCAUUCGACGUUAUUUUACACAAGUUAGCAGGAAAGGACUGGUCCCAGGUUAUCGUGGAUUAUAAGAGAGUACAUCCAGAGGUGAUAGUCCUUGAUCCUCCUGAUGCCAUUCAACAUUUACGCAACCGUCAAUCAAUGCUUGAGGUGGUUGCUGACCUGGAAUUGCCCGACCAUUAUGGCAAAGUUUGCAUUCCAAGGCAGUUGGUGAUUCCGAAAGAUCCAACUUCGAUACCAGAUGAAGUUGCUAAAGCAGGAUUAAGAGUACCUCUAGUUGUGAAACCACUAGUUGUGGAUGGAAGUGCAAAGUCGCAUGAACUGUUCCUCGCAUAUGAUCACUUUUCCCUAUCAGAACUGGAAACUCCAAUGGUUUUACAGGAGUUCGUUAAUCAUGGUGGUGUUCUCUUCAAAGUUUUUAUUGUUGGUGAGUCCAUUAAAGUUGUCAGGCGUUUCUCUCUGCCUGAUGUAACUAAUUGUGACUUGACAAAAAUUUCUGGAGUGUUCCGCUUCCCAAGAGUUUCUAGCGCUGCAGCUUCUGCUGAUAAUGUUGAUCUGGAUCCUUCUAUUGCUGUUAUAUUGAUUACUGCAGAACCUCCUCCACCCCCUUUGCUUGAGGUGCUAGCAAGAGAGCUGCAUCAUCGACUGGGACUCCGGCUGUUCAAUAUAGAUGUGAUACGGAAGAACGGGACCAAAGAUAUGUAUUAUGUCAUUGACAUCAACUACUUUCCAGGGUACGGAAAAAUGCCAGAAUACGAGCAUAUAUUCACAGAUUUCCUUCUUAAUCUUGUGCAAAGCGAACACAAAAAGUGACCUGCUGCACAGCUGCUGAAACAGUAUACAUUGUACAUCUCAGGUCCUAACAUCCUGUCCAUUAGGGGUAGGUUCCAAUUUUUCCUGUAAGUGUAAGGAAAAAAUCAAGCUUUAUUUUUCCUUCACUUUGUUCCUUUUAACAGCCUCCUUCACUAACAUCCUUUGCUAGACACCUCCGUGGUAGAGGAUUGAGAGACAAUUUGGGUAUUUGUAUUAUCACAAGUUGUCUUUGUUCUUUACCAAUUUAGUUGCCCAACAUCCAUUUUCAGUUUAUUCUUCUUUGUUCUUUACCGAUUUAGUCAGCCAAGAAGAGCGUUCAAAGAGCCUCAUUCAUACUUCACUAUUGUUUCUAUUUCUCAAAUAGAGAUUGUCAAAUACAUCAUUGUAUUUUGGAUCUUAAA